CAAUACGAUACUCAGAUAUAUACUGUUCAGUGUUAUAUGUAUCAUAAGUUGUUAACAUUUGGCGCCCAGCACAAUGAAUUUCGAUAGCAUCAAUAUACCGCACAAGCUAGUGCCCCGUAACUAUUUGCAGUUGGGAUUAGCAGCGCAACGAGGCAGGCAGCGACAAAUUAAGGAACUGCUGGAAAAGCGUAAAUUGCCGGAGCAUGGGUGGCGGGAUGAAGAGAUUGAAGAGCUGGUGCAUCAGCUGGCCGCACUAGACAGCAACAAUUUCGCACACAAUGUGGGCCUGGGUGAACGCGAGGCGCGUAUUGCGUGCAAACUUGUGGCACGGAGGCAUUAUAACUUCGGUCAUGGUAUGGGCCGUUCGGGCGAUUUGCUAGAAGCACAGCCCAAAGCUGCCGGCUCCACACUGUUGGCCAGUUUGACGAACGCUCUGCUUUUAGAUCUCUUACACACGCUAGGUCUGAAAAGCUGCACCGGUUGCUUCCUGGUUCCGUUGGCCACUGGCAUGACACUGACUUUGUGCCUACAAGCGCUUCGCAAGCGUCGAUCAAGUGCGAAAUAUGUUCUGUGGUCGCGCAUCGAUCAGAAGUCUUGCUUUAAAGCAAUCACAGCCGCCGGUCUUGAACCCAUUGUAAUACCCCUCUUAAUACUAAAAGAGGAGCAGGCGUUGGUCACCGAUUGCCAACAGUUUGAGAAGUGCAUCCAAGAACUGGGCGCCGAUAACAUACUCUGCGUGUACAGCACAACUAGCUGUUUUGCACCGCGCAACUGCGACAGCAUUGUGGAGCUAGCAAAGCUGGCCAAAAGGGAGUCUGUGCCGCAUCUGGUGAACAAUGCCUAUGGACUGCAGUGUCAGGCAAUUACUGCUCAGCUGGAGCGAGCACAGCGCGUUGGUCGCAUCGAUUACUUUGUCCAGAGUACAGACAAAAAUCUUUUGGUACCUGUCGGCGGGGCGAUUGUGGCCAGUAGUGAUGAUCAGUAUUUACAGCGUCUGGCCAGCAGCUACGCGGGUCGAGCGAGCAGCUCCCAAACAUUGGAUGUAUUCAUGACGCUGCUCUCAUUGGGUCGCAGUGGCUAUCAGGCACUGCUACGCAAGCGUCAGCAUAACUUUGAAUAUCUCAAACAGCGACUGCAACAACUUGCCGUGGAUCACAAUGAAAUCGUGGCAGAAUGCAAGAAUAAUCACAUAUCACUUGCACUCACAUUAAACACACUGAAUGCGAAGCUCAAGGAAGCAGGGAAUAACAUUACCCUUCUGGGCGGCAUGCUCCAUGCACGGGGCGUUUCCGGUGUGCGAGUCAUAGACGUUAAUCAGACCAAAUCCAUUGAUGGCUUUGAAUUCAAACAUUUUGGAUCUCAUCGUGAGUUGCUGGAGAUGCCCUAUUUAACUGUAGCUGCGGCUCUGGGCUUACAUCGAACGGAAAUAGAUACAUUUUUCACAAUCUUGGACAAAUGCUGGAUGCAGUUUAAUAAAACAUCUGAUUAGCUAUUAGAAUGUUCUUAUGUAAAUAUUAUUCUUAACUUUUUAGAUCGUACAAACAAGUUUUGUAUCGUUCUCCUGGAAGAAUUUAUAAAUAAUAAAACAACCUGC